CUUAGAGGUGCGCGAGUGCGCGCGACCCGCCGCUGGGAGCUGCGGAGCGGACCAAUGAGUGGGCCCUCUCUCCACGCCGGCGCGGGAUUGGGCGAACCGCGCCAGCCUCUCGGCCUAGCAGCGGGCGGGGCGCGCCGAGAAGGAACUGGGAUAGGCGCGCCCGCAGCGCCAGCGUCCCGGGGGCGCGUGCGCGGUCUCGCGGUGGCCGCGGGGGCCGGUCUCGCGCGGUCUCGAGGUGGAGUGAGUCGCUGGCGGCGGCGGCGACGGCGGCGACUGGCGGUGGGGCGGAGGCGGGGUCUAAGGAUUGUGAGGUGGGGAAUCGGGAGUUUCUGGAUUCUUUAUCCGGUGUUUUAAGUGCCGCAGGGGAGCUGUCGUUUGUGCAGUGUGUGGGAGCGGCCGGGGCGGGAGGAUCGGCGGUCGCGGUGGCGCAGAGAGUAAGAAAACCUGCGUUCUGUGAAAAACCAGAGAAGAAAAACUAAGAGGAUAGUAGACAAGUUCUUUACAAUUUGCAUAACAUUUCCUUCAUGGAUACAUUUCAUAGCAUUAUUAUGUGAUGUGAGAAGUUUUUUGUUUUUUUGUUUUUUUUGAAGUAACAUGGAUUUUAUACUACAGAAUCAAGAGAUUGGCUUUAUAGGAGAAAUUGAUUUAUAAAAAGUGGUACAGGUUUUUAUAGAUAACCAUGACAACAUCCCAUAUGAAUGGGCAUGUUACUGAGGAAUCAGACAGCGAAGUAAAAAAUGUUGAUCUUGCAUCACCAGAGGAACAUCAGAAGCAUCGAGAGAUGGCUGUUGACUGCCCCGGAGAUUUGGGCACCAGGCUGAUGCCAGUACGUCGAAGUGCACAGUUGGAGCGUAUUCGGCAACAACAGGAAGACAUGAGGCGUAGGCGAGAAGAAGAAGGGAAAAAACAAGAACUUGACCUUAAUUCUUCCAUGAGACUUAAGAAACUAGCCCAAAUUCCUCCAAAGACUGGAAUAGAUAACCCUAUAUUUGAUACCGAGGAAGGAAUUGUCUUAGAAAGUCCUCAUUAUGCUGUGAAAAUACUAGAAGUGGAAGACUUGUUUUCUUCACUUAAACAUAUCCAACAUACUUUGGUAGAUUCUCAGAGCCAGGAGGAUAUCUCACUGCUUUUACAACUUGUACAAAAUAAAGAUUUCCAGAAUGCAUUUAAGAUACACAACGCUGUCACAGUACACAUGAACAAGGCCAGUCCUCCUUUUCCUCUUAUCUCCAGUGCACAAGAUCUUGCCCAAGAGGUACAAACUGUUUUGAAGCCAGUCCACCAGAAGGAAGGACAAGAAUUAACUGCUUUGCUGAGUGCUCCACAUAUUCAGGCACUGUUACUGGCCCAUGAUAAGGUUGCUGAGCAGGAAAUGCAGCUAGAACCCUUUAUAGAUGAGAGAGUUUAUGAAAGUGUUGGCCAGUAUGGAGGAGAAACUGUAAAAAUAGUUCGUAUAGAAAAGGCUCGAGAUAUUCCACUGGGUGCUACAGUUCGUAAUGAAAUGGAUUCUGUCAUCAUUAGUCGGAUAGUAAAAGGAGGUGCUGCAGAGAAAAGUGGUCUAUUACAUGAAGGAGAUGAGGUUCUGGAAAUUAAUGGCAUUGAAAUUCGAGGGAAAGAUGUCAAUGAGGUUUUUGACUUGUUGUCUGAUAUGCAUGGUACUCUGACAUUUGUUCUGAUUCCUAGUCAACAGAUCAAGCCUCCUCCUGCCAAGGAAACAGUAAUCCAUGUGAAAGCUCAUUUUGAUUAUGACCCCUCAGAUGACCCUUAUGUUCCUUGUCGAGAAUUAGGUCUGUCUUUCCAAAAAGGGGAUAUACUUCAUGUCAUCAGUCAAGAAGAUCCAAAUUGGUGGCAAGCCUACAGGGAAGGGGAUGAAGAUAAUCAACCUCUAGCUGGGCUCAUUCCAGGGAAAAGCUUUCAGCAGCAAAGGGAAGCCAUGAAGCAAACCAUAGAAGAAGACAAGGAGCCAGAAAAAUCAGGAAAACUGUGGUGUGCAAAGAAGAAUAAAAAGAAGAGGAAAAAGGUUUUAUAUAAUGCCAAUAAAAAUGAUGAUUAUGACAAUGAAGAAAUCUUAACUUAUGAGGAAAUGUCACUUUAUCAUCAGCCAGCAAAUAGGAAAAGACCUAUCAUUUUGAUUGGUCCACAGAACUGUGGCCAGAAUGAAUUGCGUCAGAGGCUCAUGAACAAAGAAAAAGACCGUUUUGCAUCUGCAGUUCCUCAUACAACUCGGAGUAGGCGAGACCACGAAGUAGCUGGUAGAGAUUACCACUUCGUAUCACGGCAAGCAUUUGAGGCAGACAUAGCAGCUGGAAAGUUCAUCGAACAUGGUGAAUUUGAGAAAAAUUUGUAUGGAACCAGCAUAGAUUCAGUACGGCAAGUGAUCAACUCUGGCAAAAUAUGUCUCUUAAGUCUUCGUACACAGUCCUUGAAGACUCUCCGGAAUUCAGACUUGAAACCAUAUAUUAUCUUCAUUGCACCCCCUUCACAAGAAAGACUUCGGGCAUUAUUGGCCAAGGAGGGCAAGAAUCCAAAGCCUGAAGAGUUGAGAGAGAUCAUUGAGAAGACUAGAGAGAUGGAACAGAACAAUGGCCACUACUUUGACACAGCAAUUGUGAAUUCAGAUCUUGAUAAAGCCUAUCAGGAACUGCUUAGGUUAAUUAACAAACUUGAUACUGAACCUCAGUGGGUGCCAUCCACUUGGCUGAGGUGAGGGAAACAUCCAUUCUAUGAUAUGAUUGGACUUGAUCUGGCAAACUGCCACUAGGAAGAGAGCCCUGAUACUUCAGCAAGACCCUGAGGUGGCAGGCCAAAUAAGCUGUAGACCUGUUCUUUGAUCUCAAACUAGUGAGAAAAUUCCCUUAGGCAAUUUGUGCAUAGCAGUCUUUAUUCUCUGUACGUGGCUUUAGAGGUUCUUGCCUCCUCUGGGGAUUCUAAAUGGAAGCUUUCAACAGACCAGUUCCAUUUUAUCCAUGAAAAAACCUUUUAAUUCUGUUUUCACCUAAAUCUUUUCUGCCUGGUCCUAUUUCCAUGAAAAAACUUGUCUAUAUAUACACAACGGUCCAUGUCUCACAUAGUUAUAAAUAUUGAUGCUAUUUAAGUUAACUUAAAGGACUUCAUGGCGGGGCCGGGUGGGGGGAGCUGUGCUUCUGUGUACUGGGCAGGACAGUAUUUGGUUAGAAGGCUGGUUUUGUCAUCAGAAAUAUUUUCCUGAAAUGUAAAAAAAAAAAAUGGCACCACUGGUCUCAAGCUACUCUUUUAGGCUUGAAUUCAUUUGUGUGUCUUUUAAUUCUACAACAUUCCGUUAGAAACACCAGUUUUUUAGCUCAGACUUUGUGGAUCAGAUUUCACUGCACACACAACAGAUUCUGAUCUAGUUAAAUAUAUAUAGCAUAUGCUGAUUUUUUUAAUGAUUUUCUGAAGUUUUUGCUUAAAUUAUCACAAGUGAUUCUAUAACCUUGCUUCCUUCUCUGAUCUGCAUAGUACAAUAGAAUGUGUAAGUCACACUUUCAUGAAUGGCAGAUGGUCAUAUAAACUGUUUUUUCCUCAUGAUGCAAAUCGUUUUUCAUAUACAUGAGAGGACAUAGCACAUUUGACAGUUUUGCAUUUUUAUAUGUGAGCACAGUAUAAUUUGAUGACUGUGCCACAUAUAAGUAAUAAACUGGAAUUCUGGGAUAAAUAUAGCUGCUGUACUCUAUACUAAUAUUUAAUAGGUGACAAAUGGUCAUUGGUAACACUCAUUCAGCAUUGGAAUAAAAUUAUAUCCAAGGGGAAAUACUGUAACAACUGACUUUGAGAUCACAAGGAAAGGAUGACCUGAAAGUCAUUUGAACAUUAUAGGAAAAGAACAUGGGGGUGAGGGGGGAGUUAAGCAUACAGAAGCAGGUUUUUAUCCUAUCAAGUUCUGCCUCUUAGCGACCAGAAUGCAAUGGCUUGCUAAAUCAUAAAUGUUUAAGCUAAUGGGAUUUUCAUACUGUCUCUAUAGCUGUAGCUAUAAAAUUCAGCUUCUGCAAUUGGCAUGGAAAGUUAAUUUGUAGUCUUUUCAAGUCUUUAGGGAUGGUGUGAUGUGUGUCAAAUGACCUCAAAUGUGAAUGUCUUGAUUUUAUUUUUAUGACUUUAGCUACAGCAUUACCUGUUCCCAAAGCUAAACACUGGAAUAACAUGGAGUUGUCACUUAAUUUAACAUAAGCAAUGGUUGUAAAUGAUUAGUUUGUCUCGUUGUGUAUAUAUUUGAUUUCUAUGUAAUUUUACUUGAACAAAUGUAGAUAGUUACGUUGCCUUUUCUCUUCAAAUCUGCAUGGCCUUGAAGUCGGCUGCAAUGUGUCUUAUAUGGAAGUACUUUCAAGAUAACCGUUCCUUAGGAAGAAAGUAACAUUCCUGGGUCAGGGGAAGGAAUGCCAUACUAUCUUUUCAGAUCUGAAACACUCCAGUUUAGGACAGAAAACCAAGGAAUAUUAGCACUUAAUCUUUUCAGUUUUCCAGUUUACUUUCUCUUAAGGAAUGAAAGGUAGUCUAUGGUAGACAAUGGAGUUUUAUGAGCUGCUUUUCAUAACGGACAACUGUUUUUGGCCCUAAGAUCUAAAAGGUUGGCGAUUGAAGUAGCUGUUGUGCUGGUUCCUGAGUUACCCUGCAGACCGUAGAGCCACACGAGGGCCGUGUGCUUUCACAGGCACAUGCCAUGUCAUAGUAUACUCUUAGCUGACAAGAGAUUUGGGGGGUCAGUGAAAUCCUACAGUUCUCUCCUUAUCAGCAAUGGGAGAGGGACAAAUGUUUAUGUCCCAAACUUUUCUCCAUCUCAGUGACAUGGAUGUGUUGAUAUUCAACACAGUCCCUAAACAAAGUGAAAACUUAGUUGUUGACCUCCUUAAAAAAAAAGCCUUGCUAUACACCCAGUUGUCCAGCCGCUCUGGCCAGUUGCAUUUCCUGUCCUUUGCGGCUCUGACUGGAGACCCCAGUGUGGGGGAGGUCUUAACCACUUACAGGAAUGAUAGCAAUAGCUAAUAAAAUGCACGGGUAGUUCAAAUAAGGAAAUACCUUCCUUUGCUAAAUUUUCCUAAAUCAGAACAAAUGGAAAAGAAUAGUAUUUAGACUAAUCCACAUUUGCUUUGUGUGAGAAAUGUAGUAUCUGGAUUUUCUUUCUCCUUUUCUCAUGGCCUAAGGAAUAAGUAUUGAUAAGGAAUAAUUUGAAUGUAGAUUUGUGAAUGUGUAUGGAAACUAUAAACCAGGGAUUUAGCCUUAAUAAAAGGUAACCUUUCUGACAUCUAUUGUUAAUUCUCCUUUGUACUCUUAUCUUGUAUCUGCACUCUUUUGAGUUGUCAUACUGCACACUGUAUUGUAAAAACAAAGUAAAAUUAUAUUUCAAAUAAAACCAUUGAGUAUGUUCUGUGUUUA